GUGUGUUGUUCUCAGAGGUCCGCCGUGCGUGUGGCGUGAUGGUAUUGGUCAAUCCUCAGAGUGGGCGUGGCCAGGCCAUGGCUCAAUACAAUGGGCACGUUCAGCGGAUGCUCACAGAGGCGGAUAUCCCACACACACUCGUCAUCACCGAACGUCAGAAUCACGCCCGAGAUCUGGUGAGGAGCACAGACCUGUCGCAGUGGGACGCCCUGAUCAUCCUGUCUGGAGACGGGCUACUCUUUGAGGUGGUGAACGGGCUGAUGGAGAGGCCAGAUUGGGAGAAGGCCAUUCAGACUCCCCUGGGUAUUCUCCCGGGAGGUUCUGGAAACGCUCUGGCUGCUUCCGUCCAUCAUUACACACGUGCGUCUCCGGUGUGGGGUGAGGAUCUGCUGACCAGCUGCGGGUUUCUGCUGUGUAAAGGUCUGGUUUCGGGUCUAGACCUGAUCUCCGUUCAGCUGUCAUCCGGCGCUCGCCUGUUCUCCUUUCUCUCUCUGGCCUGGGGUUUCGUGGCGGACGUGGACAUCGAGAGUGAGACAUUCCGGCAGAUCGGCGCGCUGCGGUUUAUCCUUGGCACACUUGUGCGUCUGGCAUCACUGCGGAUAUAUCAAGGUAAACUGGCCUAUUUACCUGCUGGAGAAACAGACUCUGUGUCUUCCACAGGUGAAAAUCUCCUGAAUGACCACCUGAUGGCGCCAUUCGGGCAGCCUGUACCGCAGAAUUGGACACUUGUAGAGGAGCGCGAGUUUGUUCUGGUACUUGCGAUGUUUCAGUCGCACCUGAGUGAGGAUCUGAUGGCGGCUCCAGGAGCACGUGCUGAUGACGGGAUUAUUCACCUAUUUUACUUGACUGCAGGAGUUUCGCGUGCUACACUGCUACGCCUCUUUCGCGCCAUGCAGAGCGGGACGCAUUUGGACUGUGGAUGUGCACAUUUGGUGUACGUGCGCGCACAGGCCAUUAGAUUAGAGCCGCUGAGUGCAGACGGGGUGCUGACGGUGGACGGAGAGCGAGUUCAUUAUGGACCUGUUCAAGCUCAGGUGCACAGAGCAGCGGCGCGCAUCAUCUGCUGAUACACACUUGAAUUUGAAGCGAUAGCUCACUCAAAAAUCGAACUGAACUGAAAAACAUAGGGCGGCACGGUGGCUCAGUGGUUAGCACUGUCUCUUCACAGCAAGAAGAUCGCUGGUUUGAGUCCUGGCUGAUGCAGUUGGCAUUUCUGUGUGGAG